AUUUUUAUUUUUGUGAAUAAAUUUCAGCAAUUUGCUCAUGCUCUAGGAGAAUCUCUGAAUUAUAGACACAAUGGAACGAGGAAAGAUGUAUCAAGGAAUGCCAGAAUCGAGAAACAUGACGAGAAAUGAAUUUGUUGCUAUCAAUAAAGGACGGAAUACACGUCAGGUUACAAUGGAUAUCCCAAAGAAUGGACAUCCACUAUCAAAUUACAUCUCAUCGAAGCAUCACAGCGAACGAAAGAAUCCAACAAUAAUCCAAUCCAAACCACCGACGUCUCGUGCACGUGACAAUGUGAAAUUCGAGUAUACAGAUAAUAUCCCGAGAAGCUGUCAUCAGGAACAAAUAAGAAAAGUUUGCAACAAUAAGCAUUAUUCAGCACAGAAAAAGGAACUGUAUGACUCAAUAGCUAAUGAUAAUAUAUACAAUAGUUGUAUGGAAUCGGAAAUUGAUAGUGUCUACAGCAGUAGCUGUUAUCAUGAUGACGAUAAUGAAAGUGAAAUGGAAUCUCUUUACGAUCAUGAUGAAUAUACACAUCGUGCAUUACUACGAAUGGAGACAAAAGUCAAUACAAUAACGAAUAAAUUUGUUAAUAAAGUCAAGUCUGAAGUUGAUGAGACAUUCAGCAAGUUAAAGAUCCAGUCAAAAUUUAAUAGUACAAAAGGAAAGACUACAAAAGUCGAUAAAGGUGCCGGAGAUACAGCUAAGAAAUCUCAUGAUACAGUCGAGAAUGAUACAGUAAUAAAGGAUAUGCUUAAAAACAAGCGGGAAUGCUAUGAGAAAAUUGAGCAGCAAUUGAAGAUUUUACAGCAACUUGACCAACUUACUGAUAAAUUGUACAAGAAUCAUAUGAAGUAAUAGAAUUGAUAUCUAUAGCUGUAAUUGUAUUGAUAUUAUGUUAUUGAGAGUAAAUAAAGGCUGAUAACCUGAAUACGUCAUUCUUGA